AUGGCAGAUAAUGCUGUUCUGGCUUCCCCUGAGAGAAAAUGGAAUUUUCCACUCUUGGUUUUCUUCGAAGAUGUUAGGAGUGUCUUCAAAUUGGAUGAUCUUGGCUUGGAGAUCUUGCGCAUUGCAUUUCCUGCAGCUCUUGCAUUGGCUGCUGACCCCAUUGCUUCUCUGAUUGAUACAGCAUUUAUUGGCCAUCUGGGUCCAGUAGAAAUUGCAGCUGUUGGUGUUGCAAUUGCUAUUUUCAAUCAAGUGUCAAAGGUAGCCAUAUUCCCGAUAGUUAAUAUUACAACCUCCUUUGUUGCUGAGGAAGACACAGUCAAAAGAAUAGCUGAUGAAUCGCAAGCCGAUGACUUGGAGAAAGGUUCAGUAAAGAUCAAUGAAACAGAAGAACAGACGCCAGAAGAUGCUAAGGUGGAGAAGUUGGAUACUUCAGGCCCUGAGAAUGAACCAAAGGAGUUCGAGAAGGAAUGUGAUUUUAAAACAGCUUCAUGCAAAUCUUCACCUGUAACUAAAAAAUCUGCUACUGAGGGAAAACACAAACCUGAGAGGCGACAUAUCCCUUCAGCAUCAACUGCGCUGGUUGUUGGUGGUGUGCUUGGCCUUCUCCAAACAGUGUUGCUUAUAUUUCUGGCAAAACCCAUCCUUGGAUUCAUGGGAGUGAAAUCUGGAUCUCCAAUGCUGGCCCCAGCACAGAAGUAUCUAACACUGAGGGCACUUGGUUCUCCUGCUGUUGCACUUUCUUUGGCCAUGCAAGGCGUCUUUCGAGGUUUCAAGGAUACUAAAACUCCUCUGUACGCCACUGUUGCAGGAGAUACAACAAAUAUCAUUUUAGACCCCAUCUUCAUAUUUGCCUUCCAUUUUGGUGUUAGUGGUGCAGCCAUUGCCCAUGUUCUUUCCCAGUACUUGAUUUCCAUUAUACUAUUGUGCAAGCUAAUGAAGCAAGUUGACCUAUUGCCUCCAACUACUAAACGUAUGCAAUUCAGCAAAUUUCUCAGGAGCGGUUCCCUAAUAUUAACGAGGGUUCUGGCUGCAACAAUUUGUGUGACCUUGGGUGCAUCAAUGGCUGCAAGGCUUGGGCCAACACCUAUGGCUGCAUUUCAGGUUUGCUUACAGGUCUGGCUGACAUCGUCACUUCUUGCUGAUGGUUUAGCUGUUGCAGGACAGGCCAUUCUUGCUUGUGCCUUUGCUGAAAAAGACUAUGAAAAGACAACAGCAGCAGCAAGACGAGUGUUACAGAUGGGGUUGGUGCUUGGAAUUGGUCUAGGCCUAGUUGUUGGACUUGGCCUAUACUUUGGUUCUGGAAUCUUUUCAAAGGACAAGCACGUACUUGCAAUUAUAAGUAUAGGCGUGCCGUUUGUUGCAGGCACACAACCAAUCAACUCAGUAGCCUUUGUUUUCGAUGGUAUCAACUACGGAUCAUUUGAUUUUGCAUACUCUGCAUACUCCAUGGUUAUGGUGGCUGCACUGAGCAUUGGAUGCUUGUUUCUCCUCUCCAAAACUCAUGGCUUCAUUGGAAUAUGGAUUGCUCUAACCAUCUACAUGGUUCUGCGUGCAUUUGCUGGCUUAUUGAGGGUGGGUUCAGGCACAGGACCCUGGAGAUACCUUCGAGGGACAUCAUUGUCCUAGGACACAAAGGAAGCAGUUCUCUAAAUCUAGAACCUAUGCAUUAACACGUUAUUGUUAAAUAAUCACAUUUCUUCCCUUUCUUUUCAAGUAUCAAUAUUGAGUAUGUACUAUGGGGUAGAGAUUAGUUUGUGAGAUUUUCUACCCGUUCUCGUAGAUUUUGUUAGACCUAUAUAAUGUACUAUGUAAUAAUAAUGUAUGAAACAGAUGCCUUAUAUAUUGAGCGGCCCUACUGUGAUUGGAGCCGCAUGACUGGUUGAUGAAAA